AUGUGUGAGGAGCAGCUGUCCUGCUGUGCUUUGUGUCAGGACGUCCUGAAGGAUCCAGUCUCUACCAGCUGUGGACACUGGUUCUGCAGACAGUGCAUCACCUCAUACUGGGACCAGUCUGCUUCAUCAGGAGACUCCUCCUGUCCCCAGUGUGGACAAGGAUCCAGAACAAGAGCUGGACUGCAGACAGCCAGUCAGACCAGCACUGGUAACAGAAGACGAGGCUUCACUGACGCCCAGAAGGACGAGUACUUCAGGAGGAGAGUCAGUGAUGAAGAGCGGUCCAGCAGAAUCAUCUCACACAUCAAGACAUCCAGGAGCCUCCACAUCAUGUGUCUAAUCCCAGUCUUCUGCUGGAUCACUGCUACAGUCCUGGAUCACAUGUUGACUACAGAGCAGAGAGGAGAGCUGCCCAAGACCCUGACUGACCUGUACUCACACUUCCUGCUGGUUCAGGCAAAGAGGAAGAAGCAAAAGUAUGUUGAAGGACAUGAGACGAGUCCACAGGAGCUGACGGAGGCUGACAGGGACGUUCUUCUGAAGCUGGGGAGGCUGGCGUUUGAACAGCUGGAGAAAGGAAACAUCAUGUUCUACCAAGAAGACCUGGAGCGCUGUGGUCUUGAUGUCACAGAGGCCUCGGUGUACUCAGGAGUUUGUACAGAGAUCUUCAGAAGAGAGUGUGUGAUCUUCCAGAAAACAGUCUACUGCUUUGUUCAUCUGAGCGUUCAGGAGUUUCUGGCUGCAGUCUACAUGUUCCACUGUUACACCAACAGGAAGACAGAGGUACUGAUGACUUCCUGGGUACAGACUUCAGUCAAAAGAACUCAAAGCCAAAGUUUUUCCUCAAGAAGAUUUCUAAGUUUUUUGGAAAGAGUGAAGACCAUUACCCAUCUCUGGAUGAGUUCCUGA